AUGUAUCAGCGCGCGACCCACGGCCUGAAGCGCACGAAUCCUGCGCCGACUGACCCGGCCAAGCGGCCCAAGCUCAAGCAGGGCACCCUAAGUUUCCUUUACGAUGCCAAGAAGAAGGCCGCUGCCGUCGCCGCCCCAGCCCGCCUCCCCGUCGGCAAUGCCCCCGAGAGACGGCUGCCAGCGGCCGCCGGCCUUCCUGCGCUGCGCAGCGCGCUGUUCGACUCACAGGGCUCCUUCGAGGAAGCCACGGACGACGCGUACAUUACGAGCAUGCUGCACGAAAAGCCCGUGCACAAUUUUAAAACACUUUCGCGUUCGUCCAGCGUGCUGGCUCCGGCCGAAAAUGGGCAACGCCUGGCGUCACACGGCGUGCGCAAGCCGCCCAGUGGCACCAGCGCUCCGGCCGUGGACAGCCCACCGCCAAGAAGAAUUGCUGGUGUGCGUUCCCACAAUCCUGUGCCUGAGAGCACGGCUGCACGUGAGGUGCCACCGUUUACUGUGGCUCGGCGGCUGAAGCCGGUAGCUACCCAUCGCGUGGCCCCGGCGCGGUCUCCUUCUGUUUCUAGCGCAGUUGUACUCAGCAAGGAACAAGAAGCAGUGCGCGAUAUUAUAGUGCAUGACCGUCUGAACGUAUUUUACACCGGAAGCGCCGGCACCGGUAAAUCGGUGUUGUUGCGGGAGCUGAUCCGGACAUUACGUGCGAAGUACGGUACAGUGGCGGUAGCGGUUACGGCGUCGACGGGCUUAGCCGCCGUGAACAUCGGCGGCAUGACCGUGAACCGCUUUUCAGGCAUUGGCAUCGGCAGCGGGUCGUUGGAGGCGCUAGCGGCUAGGGCCAAGAAGAAGAGGGAGGUUUACGAGAGGUGGAAGCGAACGCGCGUCCUGAUCAUUGAUGAGGUGUCGAUGGUCGACGCGCGUUUCCUAGACAAGCUGGACUACGUGGCGCGGCAGCUGCGAGGCAAGCCGGAUGCCGUGUUCGGCGGGAUCCAGCUCGUGUUCACGGGCGACUUUUUUCAGCUGCCCCCGGUAACGGAUCGCUCAGCGGGCAACGAGGGGCCCCUGUUUUGCUUCGAGAGUCGCGCUUGGCAACAGGGCAUCCAGAAGACGUUAUGCCUGAGCCAGGUGUUUCGGCAGCAGGAUACGGAGCUCGUGGACUUGCUGAAUGCUAUUCGAUUCGGGGAGGUGACGCCGCAGGUGGCGGCGCAGAUGCGCCAGUUUGAGCGCGAGGUGGUGUACGGCGACGGAAUCGAGCCCACGGAACUAUUUCCGACGAGACGCGAGGUGGAGCAGGCCAAUCGGAGGCGGUUGGAGCGGCUGCCCGGGUUCGGGAUGACGUUCGAGGCGUACGACUCGGGCAACGUCGGCGGCCGGUUCAGCUCAUACUUCGAUGCGGUGAUGGCGGAGCGCACGCUGGCGUUGAAGGAGGGGGCGCAGGUGAUGAUGCUCAAGAACAAGGACGACCAGCUUGUCAACGGCUCGGUCGGACGCGUGCUAUUUUUCACGACGGCCGCGCUGUGGGGUCGCGUGGAGCGCGAGCACAUGCACGCAUUGGAGGACCCGGAGUUUGUCCUCGACAUGCGUCUGGUAUGCCAGGCCAUUGGCAUCUCCGAGAGCGCGCGAUCCCCUGAGCUCCUACAAGCCAUUGCCGCGCGCCCCGCCUUGCGGCGCCCCCACUUGCAGGAGUUCCUGUCGCGCGCGCCGCACGAACCGCGGGACGGACUAUUGCCGGUGGUGCGCUUUGUUGUAGCAGGUCGCGCACGCUUCGAGCUCGUCCAGCGUGAGGAGUUCCCCGUCGAGGUGCCAGCCGGCCCGCACGCAGCGGGUGAUGCCUCUCGGCUACAAGUGCCGCUCGUGCCUUGCUGGGCGCUCUCCAUCCACAAGGCACAAGGUCAGACGAUUCCUCGGUUGAAGGUGGAUCUGCGCCGCACGUUCGAGGCCGGACAGGCGUACGUCGCACUGUCGCGAGCCGUGUCCAAAGACCAUCUUCAGAUUAUCAACUUCGACCCCAAGAAAAUUAAGGCCGACCCCAAGGUCAAGCAGUUCUACCACACGCUGGAGCUCUUGCCCACUGCAUAG